GGAAGCGGCAGCGGCGGCACCGCCCUGCGGGCGGGGCUCGGCACGGCACGGCGGCUGCGCGCACCCGCGGUGCGGGACGGGGGCGGCUCUGCGCUGGGCGAGGCUGGAGGUACGGGCGGCCAGCUGACGGAGAGCCGUCCCGUGUGACAGCGCUCUGCUCCCGCACUGAUAGCGGACCACUGUGCUUAAAAAUGGAAAAUAACCUCUAUGUAUUUGUUAAAGCAUUCCUUAGUUACCUCGGCGGUGCUGGUGUGGAUGUUACGUUUUAGAGACCCUUCCAAUAAAAGUAGUUGUGCUUGCAGAGGCAUUGGAACUGACUUCUGGGGAUCUGUGUGUGCAUUUCUUACAGAGUGAGUAAAUGUGGAGUUGGGUCAACGUGCAGCUUUUUCUUUGCCUCGACUCGGGUGUAGUGUGUAAACUACACGGGGAGGGGGGAGUAGAGGAACAUAUAAAGCACUUGAGACUCCAAACCCAACUACAUCCAUAGGCACGUUAGUACAACCGUAUGAUAUUUUCAGUAGUAACAUAACACACUGAAAAAACGGCUUUUUUCUUCAGUUCACGUUGACUGGUGUGACUGUAAGGAGCCAGCAGAAAUGACAAAGAGAUGAUAAAAACAAUGAAAGAAGGGUGGUAGUGCCUGGAGGAGCGGCAGAAGGUGAUGUUGCCUGGGGCAGGAAGCCUGGGUGCCCUCUUGCACUUGUGUGAAGGGCAGAACACUUCAGCCAGCUAGUGGCAAAAACAGCACUGCUGGAAGGGCGAAAAUGGGUCAAGAUGAAUAAAAGUUGUGCAGUGAAGUCUUGUUUGAAUAUGCUCGAAUAAGAGGAUGCAUCAUGCUUGUAAUACGCAGGGAUAGAUCUGAAUACGUGAUGGCACUGGGAAAAUAACGUUUGCUGAAUUUCAUUACUGUUAAUUUAAUGGCAGAAACUUUGCAGCAGUUAGUUAAUUGGAAUUCCAGAGUAACAGUAAGAUGGACAUUCAGGAGUCCAAUGAGUAGCGUCCCCAAUUACCUAAUUGUGCUGGGCAUGGUAAAAAGCAGCUAUGCUGUAAUUUCUUCAUGGUUAACAGCUUUGUUUGUGAAGCAGACAUAUACGUCGUGAUUUGGUAGUUUGGUUUCUAAUGUCUGCAGUAAUGCACACAGUUGCAAACAAUGUGAGAUCUUCCUUUUGUAAGAUUUCUGUUAGUGUCCAGAGUGAAUUUCAGUGACGUUCAUCCAGCUGCUCAAAAUCAAGUCUGUUCUUAACAUAACUCUUCUGCAGGAAACAGUUGUUAGGGUUUAUGUUCUUUGAGUGAACAAACCCACUGCUGCUGUAAGUUCACUAUAAAUACAUUUACAAAUGUCCACUGAAUUAGGUUAUGUUAUUCAUCUCAAUCUUUUCAGAAGCAUAUGAUGCUCUUCAUUUAAUAGUUCAAAUUUUGUAGCAGAUUGUGGAUGGUGAAAGAAUGUACAAGUCAUAUACAUAAUCUCAGGUUUUAAAUAUGUGCAAUCACUGGUAUUUCUUAAAUAAUACUAAUAUAAUCUUUAGUUUAAUUGAAUUAUUUUUGUGGCCUUGCACAGAUAGAUGCAUAAACAAGUGGUUUGGAGUAGUUUUUGUUGAUGUCAUGAAGCCAACUGGCUUGCAAUAUCCACCAGUCUUCUUGUUGACUCCAUGAUUUCUUCAGAGAUUUCAGCAGUGGUUUUACCUGCGUUUACCCAUGUUUUUCAUGUGGUACAUUUGACAAUGCUUAAGUAUAACUAGUUUAUCUGUUUCAGUAUGGCACUUAUAGUUGUCAUAGGCAUGCCUUCCAUUAACUACAUAGAAAUGUGUUUGAAAAAGCAGUCAGAGAAAGAAAAGCACAGAACAUCAAACUUGCAUUUAAAAUGUUGGUGUUGUGGAAUUGACUAAAACGGACUAAAUUUGACUUUGACUAAAAGUUAACUUCAACUCUUCUUGUAUUAUAAAUAGGAAUAUGGAGUUGGAAGCACUCUCUUGUUUCAGAGUCUGCACCUUUUCUGUCACCUGCAGCUGUAUCAGAUGGUAGACUUAAGUAUUUACGAUUUUGGAUUAGAUUUAGUUAGAUCAGCCCAAAAACCUAAGCAGGGUUAGAAAUAGUCUUCUAAUUUCUGCUCUAAAUGUGUUUUAGUAGCUAGAUCAUACCUACUUGUUGUUGAGACAAUAGUUUGCUGAUUGAAUACUGGUGUGUCUUUCCUUUAUUCACGUUAUGCUUUUAAAGAUUAUACAUUUCCUUGCCAACCUUCACUUUAUUAAUCUUUUUUUAUUAUUAUUAUUGUUUCCAUUCAUAGGUCUUUCCUGUUCUCCAGAUAGUAUUAUCAGUCCUAGGCUUAUGCUGAAUUUAUCUUUCUUGUGUGUCUUACAGUGCUGUUUCCUCUGGAAAAUUUUCGAGGGGGGUCCUCAAGUUGUUUGCCUCAUUCUCCCAGCCACGUCGCACUGAUGCUUCUAACAUCAUGUGUUUGGUUAACUGUGUCCAAGGACUUCAGUACAGUAUCUUUAUGCAUCAACUCCUAGUCUACUUAGAGAAGAAAUUAUUCCUAACAUGAAACUUUGCCACUGUCAUGCCAUUGUAUUUCAUCCUGGUUCUGAUACUCCAGUUCUUCACAUGAUCCAAAUCCUUUUUACAUAAAAGCAACACUCAACUGAAUUGAUAAUUCAUGUUUGCCAGAAAAGUUUAUCAACAAUCUACUUAUUGAGCUUAGUUCUUUAAUGAAGAAUGAUAAAUCAAGUUGAUUACAUUUUAUUUAAGAAUUGAGAUCCUUCAGUGUUGUUUGAACUGCGUUAGCAAUUUCCAUUCUCAGAACUAUUUGUUGUCUACUCUGCAUUGAGUUCUUUACUUGGUUGUUCUUUCAACCAAUUUAAUGAUUUUCUGUGUGCCAUCAUUUCAAGUGUUUUAAAGCUCUAAUAUUUGUAGCAUAAAAGUUGCUGUUGCAUCAGUCUUAGACUGACAGUCAGGUUUUUCUCUGGCAUUCUGUUCUACCUCAAAGUUGCAUUCGAAGCUGUUAAUAUGAUAGAGGUAGCAUGUUUAUAGCUACCCAAAUCGCGUCUUGUCCCCAUUACAUGCAGGGACUACAAUGAAUGUUAAUCACAGAAUCGCUAAGGUUGGAAAUGACCCACAGGAUCAUCCAGUCCAACCAUUUGCCCUUCACCAAUGGUUCUCACUAAACCAUGUCCCUCAACACAACAUCCAAACGCUCUUUGAACACCACCAGGCUCAGUGACUCCACCACCUCUCUGGAGAACAAUUACCCCUGGAUUUUCUACUUGCAAAAUCAUUUUGGACAACAUGGCAUGUUUUGUGUCCUUUAGCUUCGUAUCUUUGGAGUCAUACAAGGUGUAAGGCUAGAUGCCCAUCCUGGUUCAUGAAUUCACAGCUGAGUUCCAAUUAAAAAAAAAAAAGCCACAGUUAUAAUAACAAAGACAUUAUCUUAAAUGUUUUUAGGAGGGAUUAUAAACUACUCUGUAGACAAAUUGGACAUUGAUUUAUGAAUAAAUCACUUUUAAAAAGAUUGUAGUUGAAUGCUUCUUCAUAGCUAUAAUAGGAAAAAAAAGAGAUUGAAGACUUUGGGAAUCAACUGGUUGGCCUGUGGUUUUGAAUUUCUUCAGCUUAACUGAUUUGACAAACACUCUAGCAGUUAAUUGGUGCUUUAACACAUUUGAAGUGCUCACUUAGUUGUGUCAUCCUAAACUAUUAAUAUGGGGCAGUUUUUGGAGAUGUUCCAGCUGUUGCAUACCUUGGUGUGCCACAGUGUGGCUGCAGCCUUCCUUGUUAAUGGCAAUCCGGAGGCAACUCAGCGGAGAUGUAACCGUGGCCCCUUCAGUUUUGUCAAAUGUGGUUUUGUUGUUGUGUUUUUGUCGUGCUUUAAUGAAAGCUGUUCUCAGAGGAAGAAAUUCUCACACUUCGGGGUGUGGUAUUUACUACUAGAAUAACUAGUCUGUUUUAAAGCAUCUUCAAUCUGUUAAACCAUGCGGCAGUUGUAUCAGAGUUAUCAGACUGCAAGGUAAUGUUCAGAAUGAAAUCUUGUCAGGCAAUUUCCUUUUCUGAGAAGGAACAAUAAAGGCUUCUGGAGAACUAUUUGGCAGAGUUUUUAGCUCAGAAACUGAAAUGAAAAAAAGGAACAGCUCAAAUGAUGGGUGAGAAAUGUCUAAAAUCUCCUCUGAUAGUGUGGCAGAAAGGCUCUGUUGAGUUUUACUGUGAUGACUGAGAAGGCUGCCUCAGCCUGCCCACGCUGGGUUUUUUGACUCGUUUGUUGCUUUUGUAGCCUGGGCAGCAGAACAGGACGUGUUCGCAUAGUUCCUGUUGUGGCAUUUCAUUCUAAAUCUCUGAUUUUUCAUCAGUGUAGCUGAAGCUUCCCUGCCACGCCAUGAAAUGUUGUCACUGUGGGUACAGCAAGAUUCGUAGUGCCUGUCUGCCAGUGCCUUGAGCCAGCUGAGCUGGACUGAUGCUGGCAGCAGCAGCAAGGAAACGAAGUUGGAAGAGUUACAGAAUCAUCCUUGCAGUCUUGUAUUAGGCUUCACCAAACAGACUAAGCUUAACGAUUGUCAAGCAGAAGGGCCACUUGCCUUGCACAGGAAGGAUUAACAGUGAACAAUGACUCGACUGAGAGUUUGUGAGCGAUUGCUUGGAGCCUAUCUGCUUAUCAUUCUCCAUGUUCAAGGACAAAAUCUAGACAGCAUGCUCCAUGGCACAGGAAUGAAGACAAAUCCUGACCAAAAGAAACAAGGAAAUGGGGUAACGCUCGCUCCAGAGGACACCUUACCAUUCCUUAAGUGCUACUGCUCAGGACAUUGUCCAGAUGAUGCUAUUAAUAACACAUGCAUAACUAAUGGGCAUUGCUUUGCUAUCAUUGAGGAAGAUGAACAUGGGGAACCAACACUUGCUUCUGGCUGCAUGAAGUAUGAAGGUUCAGACUUCCAGUGCAAGGAUUCACCAAAAGCACAAUUACGUCGGACAAUUGAGUGCUGUCGGACUGAUUUCUGCAAUCAGGAUUUACAGCCAACAUUACCACCGCUUGAUAGUACAGAUGGACUUUUUGAUGGCAGCAUUCGUUGGAUGGCAGUCUUAAUUUCUAUGGCAGUCUGCAUAAUUGUUAUGAUCAUCUUAUUUAGCUGCUUUUGUUACAAGCAUUAUUGUAAGUCAAUGGCAAAGAGACACUGUUAUAAUCGUGACCUGGAACAAGAUGAAGCAUUCAUUCCAGCUGGGGAGUCGUUAAAAGACCUCAUUGACCAGUCGCAAAGUUCUGGCAGUGGCUCAGGGCUACCAUUGCUGGUUCAGCGCACGAUUGCCAAACAAAUUCAGAUGGUGAGGCAAGUUGGAAAGGGACGAUAUGGUGAAGUGUGGAUGGGCAAAUGGAGAGGUGAAAAAGUUGCAGUCAAAGUGUUUUUCACCACAGAAGAAGCCAGCUGGUUCCGAGAAACAGAGAUUUACCAAACUGUUUUAAUGCGUCAUGAAAACAUCCUUGGUUUUAUAGCUGCAGAUAUUAAAGGCACUGGAUCCUGGACACAGCUUUACUUGAUUACAGAUUAUCAUGAAAAUGGAUCACUAUAUGAUUUUCUGAAGUGCACUACACUAGACAACAGGGCUCUCCUCAAACUGGCAUACUCUGCUGCAUGUGGUCUGUGCCAUUUACACACAGAAAUCUAUGGGACGCAAGGCAAGCCUGCUAUAGCACACAGGGACCUGAAAAGUAAAAACAUUUUGAUAAAGAAGAAUGGGACAUGCUGUAUUGCUGACUUGGGUCUCGCAGUCAAGUUUAACAGUGAUACAAAUGAAGUUGAUGUUCCCUUGAAUACUAGAGUGGGAACAAAACGUUACAUGGCUCCAGAGGUCCUUGAUGAAAGCCUGAAUAAAAACCAUUUUCAACCAUACAUCAUGGCUGACAUAUACAGUUUUGGGCUGAUAAUUUGGGAAAUGGCUCGACGCUGUGUCACAGGAGGUAUUGUUGAAGAGUACCAGUUGCCAUACUAUGACAUGGUGCCAAAUGAUCCAUCUUAUGAGGACAUGAGAGAAGUGGUGUGUGUCAAACGUCUGCGCCCAGUAGUAUCUAACAGAUGGAAUAGUGAUGAAUGUUUAAGAGCAAUAUUAAAAUUAAUGUCUGAAUGCUGGGCUCACAAUCCUGCUUCAAGACUCACUGCCUUGAGGAUCAAGAAGACGCUUGCCAAGAUGGUGGAAUCACAAGAUGUAAAGAUUUGACAAAGUAAAUUGACAUUGGAGAGCAAAGCUGGACUCCUAGAACUUUUCACUCAAACAUGGGUGAGACCUAUGUGGAAAGAGGAAAUAACUGAGAUUCGGUGUAUUUUCUCACCACAAUUCUACAGGCUGCUAAUCAAAUCUUUCAGUACUUCAUAGACUGUGAUACUGAGAGACUCUCUACACUACGUGCUAUGUAUAUGGACAGCCUUGAUAAGAUAUGCAUUCUGUUUUGGUAUUAGCUGCAUUGAGACUUCAGUCAUACUUAGCGAGUCUCCAGUAAAACUCUGGGUACUGAAUUGAAUGUUUCGAUUACAGUGCUUUCUGUGAAAGCCUAACAAGCUAUAUGGAUUCAACAGAGAUGGAGAAUAUAAGCUUUUUAUUUGCCUUCUACCUGAUAAAACCUAGCCAAUCCAUACCAAGUUUUUGUGAAACAGCCUGUAGGUUAUGAAUCUGUUCGUGAUGUUACUCAGUUUAACAAUUCCUUAUGCCUUUGUGUGUGCCAGAAUUAUUUUGCUGCCAUUUGGAAUUUAAAUGAACAAAGUUUUACUGUCAGGGCUCUAUUUUGUGGCUUCACAAUCGGAGAUCUGCUACAGAAUUGAAUCCUUGCCAUUAAGUUAUCCUUGAAAAAUCGCAGUUUUAUUUCAAUUCUUGUUCUGAUCACAAGGAGAACUGCUAAAAUGUGAACCAUUUAUAAAUUACGGAAUGCCUGCCUGGUCUGUAUAGUGCUUGAAACAAUGUUCUUAGAGGCAUAGACUGCCUGAGUCAUCUCACUUACAGUAGAGUGGGCUCCAUAAUUUGAUGAAAUUUGGUACAUUUUUCACAGUGCCAUGUGCAACUAUUGUUUUUCCUGCAGGGUACUUCAUAUCUUAACAAAAAGACCUUUGUUGUGUUUUACCUUCCUGCUUUAUUGGAACUCACUGGUAGGUGCCUGUCCUUCUCCUAACUUUUUUCUAUACAGGAGGGAAUUAACCAGCUGUAGAAGCAUGCUUUCUCACUGUUGGACAAAACUAGACAGAAGAUAAGUUUUGACAGACUUGAGAACCAGUCUAAUUUAAAGACACAAGAGUAAGAGAUUAGAGAAUACAAUAAAGGUUGAGACCUGGAGAACAGAAUAUGUGAACUAUUGAAGAUGAGACUCACAACAUGCAGAGGAUUUUGAUCUGUGUUGCUCUGAUGUAAAUGCAGGAGGUUGUGUCUGUGGGCCACUUAGUGGACAGCUGCAAAAUUACAGAAUUGAGUAAAGGUAAAUCAUUGGGUUUUUCAAGUUCUAGUCAGCCAUGUUUGGGAGGAAUGACAUAGAAAGAUAUUUUGUGAAGAUAUAACAGAUUACUAGAGUUGCAAAAUUUGUUCCUAUUGUUGCCAACUGGUUGGCAUGCACAAGAAACUGUAGUUCUCUCCUUCUCUCCUCACAUCCAGAUGAGUUGGUUGAAAACCAGAACCCCUCUGUGAGGUUACAGUAAGGCAGAAUUAUUAAAUUAUAACUCCUUUGACACUUCUACUUUGAAGUCAGGAAACAGUACCAUAAAUUUGAAGCUUCAAGUCCAUGAAUCAUCGGAAGAAUGAAAACGCAGUAUUUGCGACCAUUGAACCUAUUUGAUAAUUUAAGUGCCUAUAACUUUGUACUGUAAAUCUUGUUCUAGAUAACUUUAAAAAGGGAAGUUAUUUAUACAGUGUGUUUUGUGCUUUAUUAAAGAAAAAUAAGUCCUCUGUACAUGUGUAUAAUUAGAUACGUUCACGCACACACACACAUAUAUGCCAUAGUUGAGAUUUGAAGGAAAAAGAGGUUAGGAAUAAUAUUAAAAUUGAAGAAAAUGUUAAAACUUCAAUUGGAUUUAUACCAGAUUCUCUGUUGUCUGAAAGUACGUACAUGGAGAUUGUUUUGAGAUGUGUUCUAAUUUCCCUUAAAUACAACCGAUAAAAAAGCGUAAUGCAGAACUAAUGUGACUUGUGAACAACUACAACCUCCUAACAUGUUAUCUUUUCAUUUUAAUUCUGUAGUUUGCAUAAUGUAAAUGGUCAGGCAAAAAGAUAGCAGUAUUUUUAUUUUCUAUUGUGAUGUACAGACUUUAUUUAAUAGUGCUACAUAUUUUAUAGAUAACUAGCUAUUUCGAGGGACAUUUCUUUUUUUAAAAUAAAGUCAUUACUUUUGUUCAGUAAUGCCUUUAAGUAUUAAUAUGUACUCUGGCUGAAAAGUUCGUAGAUGCGUCAACUAUGAUUUUAAUUUAUUUGAAAAUGGCAAAAGAUAACGAUAUUGUGCCACAGUGCUCAUGGAAAAGGGCUUUUUAAAAGAAGGUUUCUCCGUCCACUGCCAAGAGAUAUAUGAUGAGUUUGAAAUUAUUAAUCAUGUCUUUGCACAUCAUUUUUGCACAGGUAGCGGAAAAAUAUUUGGUAUAAAGCCAAAAAAAAGAUAAGCUUUUUUUUUUUUUUGGUUCUGCCUCUAGGAUUUUUAUCCAUAAGUAGAAAUGUUUAGAUAAACAUUUAGAUAAACACCUAGAUAGGUGUCCUGAUAGCUUAAACUUUCAGACCACGGAGAUUUAGUUAAAUUAGCCUAUUCCAAUUUAGAAUACUUCGAUUACUACUUUCAGAAGCUGUUACAGCGUUGUAAGCUGUAAGCUUGUUAAAAAUCACUUUCUCUCAAGCUUCAGGAAGCCAUCGAUGAUAGUAUGAGCAAAACAAGAAAGUGAAUUUGUGUAUUUUCUAAUUAUCCACCUGUUUUCUCCUCUAUUGUAUAGGCAUUAAUAAAAUAAUAUGAUGGUGAUCUUUGGUAGACAUCUUAAGACCUGAAUUGAUUUAUACAUUCACUUAGAAAAAGAUGAGAACGGACUGCUGCAAAGAUCUUUGAUACUUGGAAGACAAAAAUCCUUGAUCCUGAAGGUUAACCUGUAUUUUUCAGCACUUCACUUAGCAGGUUCAUACUGAAACGUAUGAUACAUACGUUGUUUUCCCUGUCAUCAAGAGGAGCUGCUGGAUCUUUAGCAAUCCUUGAUUCUCUGGUAUUCUAAAAAAAAGCCAAUUCCUGAAGGACCUGGUUGCAUAAAACACUUCAACGUGUAUCUACCUUUAAUGCAAAGUAAUUGACUGUUUGGAGCUCAGGUUUGUCUAUAUGAUAUACUCAGCUCCAAGCCAGCCCAUUAGUUACUACAUAAUGAAAUAUACUCUUAAGCUAAAUGUUUGCUUUAUGCUAUACUGUAGAAUUCAGAAGCCUUUAAGGAUGGAAUGGGUAAUUGGGUUUGUCUGUUCGCAUGGGAUUAUCUUUUUUGGGUCAAAAUUAUAAGGAUUGGUCAUCUAAAAGAACUCCCCCAAACCUGGCGAAUGUGUUUUAUAUAUACACGUAAUUAUAAACAUCAGUAAAAAUCAGAAACGUGGAAUGCAUGGGUUGGGAGCAUGAAAACUGUGCCUUUGAAUUUCUUAAACACUUUCUUUUUUUAAAUUUAACCUAUUCCUUGUUAUUUCAGUUGCUUGGAAAAUAAUUUGAGUAACUUACAUAGGUACUACUGUUAAAAUUACUUGCAAAUUCCACAGGAAAUACAAUGCUCCUAUUAUAAAGGUAGGCUCGUAUUCUGAGUUUUGCUCAAAAUGUAGCUUUUCCUGAGUUUUGCUCAGGGAAAGGACACUUUUCCUAAAACGCAUCACUUUUUCCUGAUUAUUUUCUUGAUGAGUCUAUCUUGAAGUGUGGAAUGAAAUGUAAAAGGAAUAUUUUGUUACCUCCGUAAGUAGUCUCGAAUGAAAUUUUAGAUCUUGAUCUGCAUGACCACUUGAAUGUGUUUUUAAAGUGAAUCAUUUGCAUACAAUCUAUGGGGAUAGGGUAGACAAAAUGUAUUUCAGCAACCUAAAAUGUUGGGGAAGAAACCAUAGUUAAAAAGUCGUCUUUGGCUAUCGCCGACCUUUUAAAAGGGAAGUUGAGCUUAUCUUCUGUCAACUGUUACGAUGAUACGCCACUUCAUCAUUCUUUUGACAGUGCCUCUGAAAUCAGUAGAUUUCAUCUAGUGCCCGCAGUCCUUGUUCUGAACAGGGAGUGAUGCCUGAAAACAGCUGGCAGUGUUGUGUGAUGCAGUCCUUUAUGGAGCCCUGGUGUGUUAGCUUUGCUUGGUGUAGAAGUGGAGCGCACAUGACUUCUAACUUGAGAACAAAUCCAAUGUAAUUGUUGCUUUGUCAUGUUUUACCUUCGAUUGCAGUUCCAAACACCCACACCAUGUGGGUGCUCUGAUGUGCUGUGCCCAAAAUAAAAUGUACUAUAUUGUAUACAAGAUGAAUAAAUAACAUUGUAGCUAACCUAGAGAAGAUGUAAAUAAAAAAAAGAAAGAGUGGAACGAGGAAAAUGGUCACACUCUUGUGUGUUAUAUGCCAGAAGUGUAGAAUAAUCCUUUGAAAAUGUAACACACUAAUGUAUUUUGUACAGCAUCUGCUUUAAAAGGUGCCUUAUUGAGUUUACCAUGAAUUGCUUGUUCUGUACACAGAUUAUGUCCAAUGUAUCAUUUUUAAGUAAAUAACCUUAUUUUAGUA